CAGUUCGACAUAAGUAACAAAGAAAAUGUGUGAAAUUCAACCACAGGGGCUGAAAUAGGAGGUCGACAUAGCGAAAAAAUCGAGAUAGAAAAUUGAACACAAGCAGUUUUAAUUUAUAUAGAAUAAGAAGGAAUAAAUUCGGGUCCGAUGAAAGAAGUCGUCACAACUGGAAAGUUGAGAUAUCUGACGUUGACAUAGCGGGUUUGGACUGUAUUACAAGGAUUUUUUCAGAGUGACAUGCAGGCAUACCUCCCUGGUUGUUUAUACAUUCUGAGAAGCAUCGUUCAUAAUGACUACUCCCUGAGACACAGAUUGGCACAUGAUACCAGCUUGUACCUGACACUCAUCAGAGGUGGGCAGUUUUAUUGCAUACAUUAUAAUGGCUACUCCCUGAGACACAGACUGGCACACGAUACCAGCUUGUACCUGACUCUUGUUCAAGUAACGCUACUAUUUUCAAAUGAUGGAAGAACAUGCUACGAGGUGACUCAAAUCCGUUGCCGUUUGAUGAACAAGCUAGAUUCUACAUGGGAACCCGAGGCGAUAGAAAGAUGGGACGCCGUGACACAAGGGUUGGCAGUGUUAAUGCAGCAGUACAGAUCCAUGGCGGUUCUCCUAAUGAUGUCUGAGUGUUGCCGGUCUUGUCAAAUCUGUCACUUGCACUGCAGAUGAGGGACGCGGUAUACAACGCGGUCGGUACAUUGGUGAAUGGUGCUAUCAUAACAGUCCGUUCAAUGAAGGAGCACCCUGGGCAGAACCUCCAGCAUCUUCCCCAGACCAUUGACCAUCUCACCGAGCAGUCGUUCCGAUUGAGCCGCCAAAAGCCGUGUGAAGUCACUGACUUUAAGGAGCAAGUAUACGACAAGUUCAUCGACGCUGGAGAAGCAAUUUCCACACAUCCCCAUGUCAGAAACAUUCUGCGCAUUCAACCCUACUACCGUGCCGGCCGACGACCAAGCAGAGUUAAACGACCAUUGCACAGACGAAGAUGCUGGCGGACCGAUUUACCUGCGUUCUUCCAGAUGCCAGUGCAGCCGUCUCUUAGUACCGAGUUUUGAAAAACAUCAUUACGCAGGACACGACACUACGCCAGGCAACCACAACAGUCCUGAUGCAGAAGGUGGCCGAAUGUUGCGGGGUGCCAUGCCUAACCUAGGUUUAUAAGCUACUGUUGGCCUGCUUAUUCUGUUGUCGAACGAGGGUUCUCGGCCUUGAAGGGUGUUAAAACGGCACAACGUGACAGACUACAGAAUGAAACGUUGAACGCCAUCUUACAUGUGUCUAUGGACGGCCCCACCUUCGCCAACUUUAUGGAGACUUGGGUCGAGCAGAUGGUGACACAGUGGGCCAAGGCCAAGCACAGGCUCCUUGUUUAGAUUGAAAGUUUUAUAUGUUGUCUGACAUUCUGUCUGUAAUCACGGCUUCUACAGUCGCGUCAUCGUCAUUAAUGUUGUAGCAUUCAUUUGUUCUAUUCUGUAUUUUUGUCAUUAUGUUAUUUAAUAAAUUAUCAUCUCGUACAUUUACAAAAAUGAUAAAAAGUGAA